AACUCUCUUUUUCUAUGGCUCUGAGGGCCACCGCCUAGCCAGGGACUUUCAGAGCCAUUACCAGUUUCUAAUUUUCCAACUCCUCCCAUUUAAUAAGAUGGACAACAUGUCUCCCGUUUCCAUAGUAGACUACUAACUCGAAAAAAAGGACAAAAUAAAGACGACGAACAUCUCAUUGAAGUUGCGUUUGCAGACUCGGUGUUAAUAGAUACAAACUUGGAGUUAAUGUGACACAUUUAAAUGAGAUGUCGAAGUUUUUGAAUAAAUGGAAAACUACUUUCAUUUUCAGAUCCUGUUGCUCUUUCUAAACAUUGGACUCUGUAUAGCUUGUGGUCGAGCAGAGUACCAGUUGGGGGAGGAGUGCUGUCCCUUGUGUGCCUCAGGAAACAGCGUUCAUAAACAUUGUACUGAAUUCACAAGCACUUCCUGCAUUCCUUGUACUGGCUCUACUUUCAUUGACCGGCCCAAUGGACUUACAAGCUGCUUUCCAUGUAGAAACUGUGAUCAAGUUUCAGGUUUGAAGGUAAAGCAGAGUUGCACACCCACAUCAAAUGCUGUUUGUGAACCACUUGAGGGAUACUUUUGUGCACAGCUAUAUAACCAAGGUUGUAAAGCUGCCAAGGAACACAGCAGAUGUAAACCGGGACAAUACAUCAGUCAGCAAGCAACAUCCUCUAAAGACACUGAAUGCUCAGACUGCACCGGUGAUACUUUUUCCGAUGGAUCAUUGACAUCCUGCCAACCACACACAAAGUGUGAAUCAUUGGACAAGGUCCAAGUUAUUCCUGGUGAUCAUUCGUCUGAUAGUACUUGUGAAACAACGAAGUCUGGAGUUGGAGUUCUAAUAGGCAUUAUGAUGGGCAUUGCCAUGAUUGCAUCCUUUCUUAUUGGUUGCAAUGCUGUAUGUAGAAAAACACAACGAAUAAGCAGAGCUAUCAAUGAAUCCCUUCACUGCCAUAAACACCCAUUCCUGUUUGACCAGGCAUUACAACAGCCCUCAUUUACAGAGAAGGAACAGGAAUCAACUGACACAUCACUGCUGCCGCCAGUUCAGGACACAAGUGUGUAAGGCUGGGUGUCACCCUGCUCCCCUACCUCUCAUAUGCUCAAAUCUGGAGGGUCCACAUUCCUUUACAUUUAUUCAUUUAUCGCUUGCUUUUAUUCAAAACAACUUCCGAGAGAGAGCUUUACAAAAGUGCAUAGGUCAAUAAUAAUAAACAACGAGAUAGCCUCAAAAACAUUGCGGGUAGCCAAAACAUGAAGCAUACAUUGUGCAUUAAGCAAAUAAGUGCCAAUAGGAAGAAACAUAAGAGCAAGUAGUAAACAAGUUAAAAUUAAACAACAUUAAUCUCAAAAUGGUUUUAAGGGCUUUCACAUCUCAUUGUGUAACUUACUGUUGCAUUGCUAGUCAUAUGUUGAUAAAGGUCAAGAUGUGGUGUGAUUGGUUGUUCUUGGGUAUAAAAGGAAUUGUGAAUCAUUGUUUUGUGGAUUCUUGAUCUCCUGAGACCUUCUCCUCAGCUCUGGCUUGUACUCAUUUUCCUUGCUCACUUCUUGCUUUUUCUCUUUGAUUUCUCCCCCGAUUUUAGGGGGGGACGAAUACAUUUUUAAAUAACAAUUUCGGACAGCGUGCGUGGUUGCCUGUCGUAGCGUAGCAGAUUUAUCUUUUUACAUGAAUAUAUUGGGGGGGGGGGACAUUUUGACCAGAUUUGACAAUUGGGGGAGGAUGUGUCCCCCCCAAUAUGUAUUAUGAUUACGGCCUUGUAUUGUGUGAAAGAAAUGUUGGGCCUAUGUUCAAUGAAUGUGUUUUUAGAUAAGUUUACAGUUGGUUAAGAAGCUUGAUACAAUGAAUGUUGAUUCAACUCCAUUUGGCAGAGAUGUCACCUGUAGUUUUUAUGACACCUAACUAGGAGUCGUGAAGUCUAGAGACUUGUUAAAGGUAUUGAAAAAACUGUCAUA